AUGGCUCACCUCAAUCACCACGACUUUCCGGACUCUCCCCUCAUCGUCGACACUUUCGUCAGCCCAGAGCUCCGGGGAGAAGCAUCAAGCUCAUCUCUCGCCCACGCUCUGACUCCUCCUACUUUCCUGCCGACAAUUGCAGGUCGGCCCUCGCCAGAGAUUAUCCUAUCGCUUCUGCAGGAAGAAGAGGAGCGAGAUCAACGGGAAGCACCGACGGACAAGUCCUCGCGAGGACCCUUGGUGCUCCGACAUGCUCUUCAAUGGGGCAUCGAGCAUGGAGAUGUGGAGCUCGUUGAUUGGCUUGCGGAGCUGACUGGACGAUGGGGCUCUGUACUGGACGCGGAGGUAGCGAUCAUGGAGGAUGAGGAAGGCUGGGGUUUGAUUGGGAUGGCUGUUCAGGCCAGUUGCGGUCGUCAGGACAAGGAGGAGCUAGUCCGUGUUGCUGUCGGGAGAUGGGGUAUACAAUGCGGACCGAGAGGAGGCAGAGAUCGAACUGGCUGGACCCCUCUUCACCUAUCCGCGCUCAUCUCGACACCACCCCUCAUCUCCUUCCUGCUCACUCGCGGCGCAUCUCCCAACGACAUGACCAAUCGUGGCCUCACCCCUCUCGACCUCGUCGCGGGCAUGCCCGACCGGAUGCAUAUCUCCGCCCUACUCGAGCAGGCGUCCAACCAGGGUACGUCAGCCUCAGCGCUGGUCCCGGCGUACGCCAAGCUGAGUGAGGGCCGGCAGCGGCUCCUGCGUCGUCGAAGGGAUAGAGCGGGGAGGGAGUCAUCCAGACAGGAAGAGAGAGAAAGGCGUAAGAAGCGAGAGGCCGAGAGGGAAAGAUGGGUGCGGGAAAAGGUGGAAAUCAUCGGAAUCGACCCUGGAAUCUUGUUCCCACCAGGACCAGAGAACACGUCGGCGAGUUCGCGAGAUUCGGGCAUAGAUAUGACUGCGGACUCGGAUGACUCGGAUGCGGAAGAGAGCGGCACACCUGCUUCAUCUGGCCGUCCAAGCGCAGACCCAACCGAUGAGCUCGUAUUUGCACCUGCCAAUCUACCCGCCAUCUUUGACACGAUUAUCACCUCCUAUCAGCCCGUAUGCCAGCCGCUCUCCCGCCGAGCAUUACCGGCCAAUAUGAUCUAUCUUUACGCCCGCUUCGCGGUCAAGCAGUGUAGUGUGACCUGGCUGGAGGAACUGCUCGAAGGAGCAGUAGACAGGAUUGAGAAGGGCGUUUAUGGAAGCAUAGAGGAUCUGGCGUAUCUCGCAUUCUGGGCGUACAACACAACUCUACUGCUGUAUCUGCUGGUCUCGGACGAUGAGCUACGGACGCCGUGCGAUGAGCUAGGGCUGCUGGGGAUGGUGGAGGAGCUGAUCAAUGCCAUACAUGUCUUCGUCAUUCGUGUUGCUGAGCGCCGGAUCGACCAAGUCCUUGAUGGAGCCAUACUCGACUUUGAGACCCUCGAAGACUUUGACGACGUUCGCUUCGAGGGCGAGUGGACACUCUUCCGGACAUUUGGGACCAAGAAGCAGCGGGCAUCUAUCCUCCCCAAAGCUAGCCAAGUCUUCAACGACGCGGUCAGCGCGGCAACCAAUGACUCCAUAUCCAUGCCCCCUCCCUCUUCCCCCGGCCUUUCGAAACCCAAUCCCAACUCCCCUACCCAAGUCACCGAUAUCCUCACCAGCGUACUCGUUGUCCUCCACCUAUACGACGUCAACCCCGCCAUCACCGCUCAGGCCUUUUCGCAAGUCUUCUUCUGGAUCGCGGCGGAGCUCUUCAACCGUAUCCUCAGUCGUAAAAAGUAUCUCUGCCGCUCGAAAGCCGUCCAGAUCCGGAUGAACAUCACGGCGCUGGACGACUGGGUACGGCUACAUGGUCUUCCCGCCAAGACAGCGGUACAGCACUUUGAGCCGGUGCUGCAGCUGCUGCAAUGGCUACAGACCCAGUCGAAUAUCCACGCAUUCGAUGACCUCAUCGGGACGGUGCAAGGUCUGCGCCGGCUGAACCCGCUGCAGAUGCGCCGGGCGGUGCGGGACUACAAGUUUGAGGUGUCGGAGGGAAGGAUGGAUGACGAGUGCGUGGCGUAUAUGGGGCAGAUCCAGAAGGACUGGGAGAAUAGGCGGGUCCAGACGAGCGUCAAGGCGUUGAAGGCGGAGCAGGAGGGUGGGAAGGAGGUCGGCCGACCCGGAACGUCAGUCGAUGCGCUCUUUGACGGGUCGGUCAGCCUAGCGGACUUUGUUCCGUCGUCCGGGCCGGAGAGCUACGGCGAGCUUCUCGAUAGCCGGUUCAUGCUGCCCUUCCAGCUCCCGGACGAUCCAAAUUACCUCAUCGCCACGCCAGCGCAGGAGGCGAUAUACACCAACUUUACCGCGUCCUCCCCUUUCCUCUCGGAUGACAGGUCAGCGAGCCGGACGAGCUUCUCCUCGACCCGUCGGUUCGAGUACACCCUCCCUUCGCGGGACAAGCUCAGGCGGAUUCCAGAUGACUUUUUCGCCUGGCUCAAGGCGCAAGAGGCGGGGAGACGUCACCCGGCUCAAUCGGUCAGGACACCGGCGUCGAUGUCGUCCGCGGUCAUGCCGGCGGCGCUGGACCUACCUCUGGGGCAGAGCGAUCAGGUGGCUAUACACUCGUCCCGCUCGUCGAUGGCGAGUCCGAAGCUCCCCUCUGUGCAAGAGAAUGGAUCCUUCGGGCCUCCUCCCAUCCGGCCGGUAUCAAUCUCUUCCACUCUCCAUUCGUCCCUUCUCCCCUCCCCCGGUAUCCGCACCUCGCCGUUGGUCAACCAGCUUCCGGAUCAGGCGCAACGGGGAGAACGGCGCACGCUCGGAGACACCACCGUCGCCGACAGACUCGAAGCGCUCCGCUCCGCUCAUGAGCCCCUCGAGUAUCGCCUCCCCGGCGUCCGAGAGUGGCAAGAAGAAGUGGUGGAAGGUGAACAGGAAAGAGGGGUCCGGGAAUUCCGACAGAGAUGGGAGUGA